AUGUUUAAAUUACAAUGGAAUCCCAAUCUUAAAAAAAACAUAAUUUCUUUAGCCAAAAAUAACCAAACAAGAUUUCUAAAUAAAAGACAAUACUCUAUACACCAUCCCAGAAUAAAUUCUAUAUGCCUUACAAGAUCACUCCCCUUAGAUACCACUAGCAUUACUAAUACCACUGUUACCACUGCUACCACUAAUAGUACUUCUUUUAAGCGUGAAUUUUCGAAUUUUACUAAACUACAACAUGGUCACUUGACUAAACCAAAACCCGGUGAAGAGUUAAAGAUAACAUUUGUCCUAAAAGACGGUGAACAAAGAACCUAUGAAGUGGCAGAGGGUGACACCCUUCUAGAUAUCGCACAAGGCCACAAUCUAGAUAUGGAGGGUGCAUGUGGUGGUUCUUGUGCUUGUUCUACUUGCCAUGUCAUAGUGGAUCCCGAAUACUAUGACGCUUUGCCUGAAGCAACUGACGAGGAAGAUGAUAUGCUGGAUUUAGCAUAUGGCUUGACUGAAACAAGCAGAUUAGGGUGUCAAAUCAAGAUGUCUAAGGAUAUCGAUGGUAUAAGAGUUGCCUUACCUCAAAUGACGAGAAAUGUCAGUAAUAAUGAUUUUAAUAAAUAA